AUGGCUCCAGAGGUUUUUCAGUCAUUUGUAGAUGGACGUCCUGGCUACUCCUAUGCAGUAGACUGGUGGUCAUUAGGAAUUACAUCAUAUGAACUUCUACGAGGCUGGAGGCCAUAUGAAAUCCAUUCCAGUACUUCAAUAGAAGAUAUUGUCAACAUGUUCAAAAUCGAAAGAGUGCAUUAUUCAUCAACGUGGACCAAAGGCAUGGUAGCGCUUAUGAAGAAGCUUUUAGCCAAAGAUCCAGAGUGCCGUGCUUCCAGAGUCUCAGAUAUCCAAAGUGUUCCAUACUUAGCCGAUGUAAACUGGGAUGCUGUGCUAAUGAAAACAGUUCCUGCAGGCUUUGUACCAAAUAAAGGAAGACUUAACUGUGAUCCCACUUUUGAGCUGGAGGAAAUGAUACUAGAAUCUAAGCCCCUUCACAAAAAGAAGAAACGACUUGCCAAAAAUAAAUCUAAGGACAGUGCAAAAGAAAGCAUUCCACUGAAUGGGCACCUGCAACAGUGCUUGGAAACAGUGAGACAAGAGUUCAUUAUUUUCAAUAGGGAAAAACAACAAAAACAGGAAAUGCGCAGAGGAGAGGCAACCAGUGCCGAUGAUGACGUCAUUUCAGCAGCAUCAGAUGUGAAGGCUGAAGAUGGACACAACAAUAACCUGCUGGGACCAGACUGCACAACAGGCUGUAUUAGCUAGUUAAAAUGGCAUGCUUCAAGGAUAGCUUUAGCACCCGUGGAAUGAUUCAUAUACGGAACUGUACUGAACAUGUACAAAAAGAGCAUUGCAUGUCUUGUUUUGUGUGCAUUUUUUUGACAAAAGAAAUUUACCCUUUAAAACAUAUCUUUGGUUUCAUUGCUUUUAAUAGUGCAGUCUUUUAUUUUAGGCAUAUGGUGUAAAAUGACAUUCAUGCAAACAUCAUUUUCAUUGUUUUAGUUCUCACAGACACAUUUUCUAAUUUUCCAAAGUCUCUGAUACUCAAAACCUCCCAAAUAACAAAGACUUUCUGAAUUCUGGGAAAAUUAGGAAUUUAUAUACAGUAUGAAUUGUUGUAUGUUAAUAUUCAGCAUCCUGUGUUACACUGUAUACUUCAGAAUAAUUAUGCUGUGUAUUUUUUCCCCUGGUCAUAGUAUUCUGUAUUCCAGUUUCAACAACAGUUUAAUUGACAAGGUUGCUAAAAUACAAUUCUGAAUAUAUAAAUGUGUUGUAGAAAAUAGCACUCUCCUUUUGCUGAAUUGCAAAUAUAUCUUAAAAACUUGGUGUUAUAAAUUCUUUAAGGAUGAAAAAAUAUUUUACAGCCUUGCAACCAAGCAUCAGGUCCCCUUAUCCAGAUUAGUUGUGCAAACUAUAGCUAGUUUCGAUACAUAAGAUUCAACUUUACAUCAAUCUGCUCUUCUGAUGGGACUUUAAUUCCAGCUCUAGAAGCAAAUUCCCAUUAAUUUGCACCAUACAAUUCCUGAUGUAAUGGUAGCCUGUGCAAAGUACUCACCAGUGGUCUCCCAGAGUGUUUUUUGUGGGGACUGCAAGAACAUUAAGUGAUUUUAAUCCAGAAAAUACUGGAAUGAGUUCAAGUAAAAUACAGUGAAUCCAUUGCAUUUACCAUAUUUUGCAACAAUAACAUUAUGUUUUUAACGUACUACAAAUCAUGAAUAUCUGCAAAAUUCAUCCACAGGAUAUGGUCAGUGCAAGUUAAUUACAUCUGUUCUUUGUCUUUGAAAAUCUAAAUUUGUACUCGAUCUAUGUAAUUCAUUAAACUGGAAAUGAGGAAUAAGUAUGCAGAAUAUAAUGUAAUGUAAUGCAAUGCAACACAAUACUGUUCCUUUAUUGAGGUACAGCACUAGGCAUAUAUGACUCCCUUACAGACUUCAAAUGGGAUUAUAGUCUGUAUCCUUCUCUGUUGUUUCUUAAUAUUAUUGCACUAGAUAUCUAAAUGAGUUGCCUUACAACUGCUAAUAUUGCAGGUUUGUCAGAACUGCUACAUUUUACUGGAAGUCAGCAUUCUGAAAGUCUUUGUUCAUUUUGAUUGUAUUCUUAUGUGUACAACCUAAUCACUAUUUUGUUUUGAGCAAUUGUUUGUUACCUUUGCAUAGUAAGCAAGGUGCAUAUUUAGACCCUAAAAGAAAAUUAACUUGCAAAAAUGUAAAACAAAAGAAUAUAAUGCCAUUUACUUUAUUAAUUUUGCUCUCUUCAUGUAUAUGAAGCAAAUCAGACACCUGCAGUAUUUUCACAGACGAUAAAAAGAAUUAUUUAUUGAGCGGUAGCUGAAGGCCUUUACCCUGCAAUAUAUGUCUCAUUAUGUUUUUUUUCCUCUGUGUUAUUUAAUACAUUAACAAGAUACAUAAUGACCUUUGUUAUUAGUCUUUUUGAAGCAUGUAGAUUAAGCAUUCUGGCAAAGGAACUUGAAUAAAUUUCAGAUUUUACAUUCCA